AUGCCUUUUCCACCACGUAUCUCUGAUGAGCUAACCAAGACUCUUUUGAUUGAAAAAAAUCAAGGCAGUUUGGUGAAGGAGCUUAACAGUUGUUCUUCUGAUGUUGAUCUGUCAAAUGAAUCUGAAACACAGAUCUCAGUGCAGCCUUGGAAGCUGAUUACGUGUCCUGGCCAGAAGCUGUGGUUGCAGAGAAGAAGCGUGCGGAAACGCACUAUAAAGCAGAUAAAGGAGGCUGGAGAGCAAUUUGUGCAGUUUCUACAAGACACUGGCAAGGAAGCAGAGACCAACAGAGAGGCCUUGGCGAACAUCUACAACCAGGAGUUCCGGUCCGGCCCAGGUGGAGAUAUCCCAAGAAGACCUAAAUUCUCCUCUGUGCUCUUAGGAUUAAUGAAUUACAACAGUGCUACAGUAAAUAACAAAAGCGUACAGUUUGCAAAGGGGAAGAAAAUGGUACAGCUUACUGAUCAGUACUGGAAACCAAGGAAUGAAGCUAGAGAUAAACAUGCCCAGGAUCAAGGCCCUGGUGCUGGCCCAUAUUCCUGCAGAUCACAUGCUAAAGCCAGAGCUGAAUUUGUCUCCGAGAAGCACGGAGUGGACAUUGUUUCUCCUUGUGACCAGGGUAAUGGUAGAAUUCGAGUGCAAAUAUCUCCAAAUACGAUGAAGGAGAUCAGCAUUGAGAUAAAGAAUUGUGGGACAAAUGAAGUUACACUGUGCAAGUGCAAAAAGCGUAAACGGCGUGAAGUGACCAUGGUGCCUUCUGAAUCCUUGCCCAGACAGCUACCUCCAGGAAUGACAUAUAAGAUGAUGAUGCGCUGUGAGUCAACGUAUUAUGGCUACUUUCCUGUUACUGUGACGUUUGAGUUCACCAGUGAGCAGACUGGGUCCUUUGUUAUUGCACGUUUUGUAUCUGUGGUCGUCAAUAGCAAAUUAGCAGAACAGCUGGGACCUUCAGCACCUUAUCAGCCCUACCAAGCCAAACUGCGUAGACCUCAGUUUGUUAUCACAGAGAAAGGCGUCCGAACAAACAUCUCUUGGAAGAAUUAUAUUCAGCCAGAAAUACCUCUGGGAAAAUACAACUACCCAGCACCUCUGAAGAAUUCUCUGAAGUACCUGAAUGAAGAUCUUACACUCAAUAACAGCACCCGUAAGCAAGUUGACCGACUCUUGCGCAGACUGAAAUCCCCCCUGCAGUUUGACAACUAUCCUCAGAAAUUUCAUCUGCUUCUUCACCUGGAAGAGAUCCAAAUGGAGGUGGACAUCCACCGAUAUGAUAUGGAUAAUGUUCCAUUGAUGGCAAGCAAUGAUAGAAAUCUCCUUGUCCUGAAGGUUCCUGGUGUGGCAGAGAACCGCCCAUCAGUACUGAAAGGUGAUCAUCUUUUUGUGACAUUGACUGAGGAGCGCAUGCAGGACCCAGUUAUCCGGUACCAGGGCUAUGUCCAUGAAGUGGAGUUAGAGAACGUCAAGCUGGGCUUCCCUAAAAAACUGCUAUCUAAGUUUAUCAAGAAUAUGAAGUUCGAUGUGACAUUUACCUUCAAUCGCCUACCACUACGGAGCCAACAUCGUGCUGUUUUUCUUGCCCGAAAGAAGAAACUGCAACAUCUCCUCUUCCCAUCUCUGUCUUAUGAGAAAUCCCUUCUGUCUGCCGGGCAGUGCCUCAAUCUACAUGAUCGCAAGCUUGAGGAAAAUGAGCAGCAAAAGAGAGCUAUCUAUCAGGUGGUGGCAGGCACCUCCAGACCAGCCCCAUACCUUAUAUUUGGACCACCAGGCACUGGCAAGACAGUCACCAUGGUGGAGGCCAUCAAACAGGUACUAUGUUGCAUUGAGGAUUCCCAUGUGCUUGCCUGUGCCCCCUCCAAUAGUGCCUGUGACCUGCUCUGCCAACUGCUCAUGAAACAUGUGGAGAAGAGAAACAUCUACAGGUUCAAUGCCAAGAGUAGGGAAUACUACACAAUCCCUGAUGAUAUCAAGCCUCUCUGUAACUGGGACAAGAUACAGAAUUGUGUUGUCUUUCCUGGAAAGGAGACACUGAAAAACUACCGGGUGAUCAUUACUACUCUGGUGCCAGCAGGAAGAUUGGUGACAGCAGAUUUUCCUCCAGGACAUUUUUCCCAUGUCUUCAUCGAUGAAAGUGGCCAAGCUUGUGAAACUGAAAGCCUGAUUGCUAUUGCAGGAAUCCUUACCAUGAUGGAUCCAAAGACUAAUGCUAAAGGAGGACAGCUAGUUUUGGCAGGAGAUCCCAAGCAACUGGGUCCAGUCCUGAGAUCUCCUCUGGCUAUUGAGCAUGGCUUGGGGCUUUCCCUGCUGGAGCGGCUUAUGCAGCAGAACUCACUAUACCAAAAGAAGGAUGGGAGCUACAACUCAACGUUCAUCACCAAGCUGCUGCGCAACUACAGGUCCCAUGCUGCCAUCCUCAAGUUCCCCAAUGAGAAGUUCUAUGAUGGGGAGCUGCAGGUGUGUGCCGAUCAUUGCAUCAGCCAUUCUUAUUGCACUUGGAAAGAAUUGGUCAAGCAGGACUUCCCCAUCAUAUUUCAUGGAGUUUGUGGAGAAGACUUGAGGGAAGAGAGGAGCCCUUCAUUUUUCAACACUGCUGAGAUUACCAUACUGAUCGACUACCUCAAGGAGCUGCUCCCAGAAGAGCAAGGCAAGAAAGGCCAGUCUCGCACUUCACCCAAAGACAUUGGUAUCAUCACACCAUACAGGAAGCAGGUGCAGAAGAUAAGGCAAGCUGUAAAAAUGGAACUGAAGAAUCAGAACGAUAUCAAGGAUCUAAAAAUCGGCACGGUAGAGGAAUUCCAGGGUCAGGAGCGGCUUGUAAUACUCAUUUCAACAGUGCGAAGCAACAGUGAUUACUUUGAUAUGGAUAACAACUUCUCAAUUGGCUUCCUCAAAAACCCCAAGCGUUUCAACGUGGCUGUCACCAGAGCUAAGGCACUCUUGAUCAUCAUAGGCAAUCCAAUUACACUCAGCAAGGACGUCUUUUGGGGCGAGUUUCUCACAUACUGCCGAAACAAUGGUGGCUACCGAGGAUAUCCUUAUGUGGAGGAUGAGAACGAAGGGGAUGAAUGAACUCAAUUCCCUCAGUUUAAACAUACAACCAAAAGGCAAUAACUUAGGAGAGAGUCAUAUCCAGCAGCAAGCGGAGCCAGAGUGGAGACAUGACCACUGAGACCCCCUGUGUUCUUGAAUUGGCUGUUCUGUUUCUGCUGUUUACCUGCUGAAAAGUAGAUGAUAGUCCAACUAGACAAAAAAUGCCCAGGCUGUUUGCCUGCUGUUUCUCAGGAAAUGGAGUCAAUGCUCCCCAUUAGGCACAGAAAAUUUAUGUGGUUAGAAAACCUUAGUAGUGCAAUAGGAUACGUACAUAAGUGCCUCUUAAGUAUAUUCAGUUUAAAUUUACUUUCUAAACAAGACUUGUCUGCAUUUCUCCCAUUUUAAAAAAUUGGAAGGACUAGAUGAUAAAGGAAGCAGAAAUGAGAAAGUGCCAGCUUAAAACUUGGGGAAUAGCACUGAGUUUGGUGGCUUAUCUUUCUCUAGCACCUUAUGAGUCACCCUCCCCCCGUGUGUGUUUGUGUACAUGUUUGAACCUGUGCUAAGGAGAGGCCAUGUUUGAUGUUUCAGAAAAUUACAAUUAGAUUUCUAUUUUCUGAUAGCCUCAAAGUUUAUCAAGAACUGACCUGUUUUCAAAACAGUCAGAUUUUAUUAGCAAAUGUAUUUUGUACGGAGUUAAAUAAACUUUACAAGAAUUAA